GUCGCCGGGAGCCCGCCCGCCCAGGAGGGAUGCUGCUGCGGGAGCUGCUGGGGCUGCUCCGCUGCUGCUGGCCCUCCCUGCUGCUGCACUGUGCCCUGCACCCGCUCUGGGGCUCCAUCCAGGUCACUCAGGGCGAGCCCCAGAAGUCAUGUUCCAAGCCUGUAGCAGAGAAAGUUACAGAGAGCUGCCAACAAAUUUGCCAGUGUAGACCACCUCCACCGUUACCACCGCCUCCUCCACCUCCGCCGCCCCCGAGGUUGCUAGUGGUCCCAACUCCCAAGUCUACCUUUUGCCCCACUGAGGAGACCUGGUGGCCAGGCCUGGUUAUUAUCAUUGCAGUAUGCUGCGCCACACUAGUGUUCCUCUUUGUAGUUGUCAUCAUUUGCUACAAAGCCAUAAAAAGGAAACCACUGAGAAAAGAGGAGAAUGGAACCAGUAGAGCUGAAUAUGCAAUGACCUCUUCCCAGAACAACAAAACAGUUGAUAACAAUGCAGUUGUAUAAUUCCUGAAAGCUCUUCAAGAUGCAGGAGAUGUUAAACUUUAAAAGCACACACACAAAGUAUGCAAGGUGGGUGAACUAAGGAAACGAAAGGCGCUCUGUGGCCAAGGACUUCAUUUCAGAAAUAGUGCCCGCAUCAGUGAUUCAGAAGAGAAAAGCAGGCUGCUCUUCAGGCCUGCUGCUUGUCCAAGGGAGGAUAAACCUGCCCAUGUGGGCUACUGGAGAAAAGGCCUCACAAAGGUAUAAGCAUUGCAUGCUGCAUCUCUUGAAAGCAUCAUCACGAUGACUCCCACUUCUUCUUCUUCUCCUCCUCUCCUCUCACUUUUUAUUUUAAGCAAAAGCUGCUUAAAUAGGAUCUUUUCAUGGGAAGGUGAUCUGCCAGAAUGGCAGCAGCUUAUUAUAAAUAGGUCUGAGGUUCAAGGGUGGAAGUUGUCACCUACAUGCUUCUCCAGCCUGCGCAGUGUUUUCACUUACAAGCUAGCAGCUUUGUAUACUCAGUUCAUUCAUUCUUAUCAUCAUUCCUAUUAUUUUGUCAUUAAAAAGGGAAAAAGGUUUCUGUUAAGCCAUCAAGCAAGCAAAAAUUGCAUGAACUUGUGACUUAACCCAGGAAAUUCAUCUGCAGUCUUGUGACUAUGCAAUUUCCAUGGCUGAAGACUUUCCAGGCAAAAGAAAUCAAGAUACAUGAUCUUAGCAAUUAGCAUUGCUAAUGAAAGAGAGAGAAUAUUAAGAGGUGCUUUGAACAUUACUAAUUCAUAAUCAGUCUCCUUUU